GCGCGAAGCCACGGACAGACCCUGUAUCAGUACAGGCUCUGAGCCCGUCACUGUGGGCAGACCGUUCAUUUGUUCAUUGAUGCUCGAUGAUCAUGGCGGUGGAGGUGGCCCUGUGGCAGAGGGCUAGGGACUACAUGAAGAGCAAGGAGCUCCUGGAAUAUCUGACCAGCACGCACUUCUGGGCCUGGGGCUUACCACUGGCCGCCUUUAAGGACAUGAACGCACGGCCGGACAUCACCAGCGGCCAUAUGACGACGGUGCUCGUAUACUCGAUGGCCUUCUUGCGCUUCACUUACCGUGUACAGCCUCGAAAUUUACUGAUGGCGUGUCACGGCACCAACGUGGUGGCACAAAGUGUGGAGGCAGGCUGCUACUUCAUUUACCACUAUGGUGGUGGCGCUGGGCCAGCCACCACCCCCAUAGCUCCUACCACCAACACUGCUGCUGCCACCACUGAGAUUUCUGCAACCGCCAGUGACCCUACUGCUGCCAGCUCCUGCUAGGCGCCUGUUAGCCCCAGUCUGCAGCCCCUGAAACAAG